AUGCAAGCACAUAUACCAAAUAGUAAAUUCUCUAUCCCAUUACAAUCAAUGAAAAUUGACACAGCUCAACAAAGUCUUACUUCAAUAGAUAGUGAAUCUUGUAGCAUAUAUUCCCAGCAUGAGAUAACAGAAAAUAAUAAUGAUCAAACACCACUUAUAAAAAAUGAAAAUAUUCAACUUUUUGAUAUUUUGCCUCAUACACCAUUUUCUAUGGAUCUUGCAGAGCUUAAACAACAAAAUUCUACUAAUCAUUCUUAUAGAUCAAUACCUAUUGUUUCUGGUUUAAAUUCAUCCACCAAUUCACGUAAUUAUCCGUCUAAUGUUAUUUCUAAUGCAAAAUACAAUAUUUUUACAUUUAUACCUAUAUUUUUCUACGAACAGUUUAAACAUUUUUUAAAUUUAUAUUUCCUUCUUGUAGCACUUUCUCAAUUUAUUAUACCGUUACGUAUAGGAUAUUUAUCUACAUAUAUUGCUCCAUUAAUUUUCGUUAUUUCUGUAACAAUGGGAAAAGAACUAUUAGAUGAUUUAGCUAGAAGAAAAAGAGAUAAUGAAGCAAAUUCAGAACCAUAUAUAAUUUUGGACAAUAAUUUACCUAAAAAAAGUCGUGAUUUAAAAGUAGGUGACAUAAUUUUCAUACAAAAAGAUAAACGUAUUCCUUCUGACAUUUUAUUACUUCACACAAAUAAUCCAAAUGGAGAAUGUUUUAUCAAAACAGAUCAAUUAGAUGGUGAAACAGACUGGAAAUUAAGAACAUCAUGUGCAGCAACACAACCCUUUUUUUCAAAUGAAUCUUUAUUUUCUUUAAAUGCUAUUGUUUAUGCACCUCCUCCUAUAAAAUCUAUUCAUAUGUUUUUUGGAACAUUAUCAAUAAAAUCUUCAUCCAAAGAUAUAUACAACUAUCCAUUAACUGUAGAUAACAUGUUAUGGGCAAAUACAGUUUUAGCAUCUGGCGAUCCUAUAAUUGGUUUAGUAAUAUAUACUGGUAUAGAAACAAGACAGGCAAUGAAUACAUCAAAAGCAGGAACUAAAACAGGCUUAUUGGAAUUAGAAAUCAAUAAUCUCACAAAAAUUCUUUGUGUUCUAACAUUUAUACUAAGUUUUAUCUUAGUUUUAUUCAAUGGUUUUGAAGAAAAAUGGUAUAUAUCAUUAUUUAAAUUUCUUAUCCUUUUUUCCAGUAUUAUACCAAUUAGUCUAAGAGUUAACUUAGAUUUGGGAAAAUCAGUUUAUGCUUAUCAAAUAGAACAUGACCCGGAAUUGGAAGGAACUAUUGUAAGAACCAGUACAAUUCCUGAAGAUUUAGGCCGAAUAGAAUAUCUUUUAACAGAUAAAACAGGAACUCUUACUCAAAAUGACAUGAAAAUGAAAAAACUUCAUAUCGGAACAUUAGGAUAUACAAAUGAGGCAAUGUCAGAAGUAGCUGCCUACAUUCGAGAAUAUAAAAAUAAUUCAAAUACACAGUAUGUAGGCCAGAGAGCUAAAAAAGAAAUAGGAAACAAGAUUAGGGAUAUAGUUUUUGCGUUAUCUGUAUGUCAUAAUGUUACUCCAACUAUAGACUCAAAUAGGAACAUAGUUUCAUAUCAAUCAUCAUCACCGGAUGAAAUGGCAAUUAUACAAUGGACUAGUAGCAUGGGAUUAACUCUUCAUCAACGAGAUAGACAUACUAUUCAAUUGUGCUAUCAACAUACGGGUGAACUUGUAGAGAUGAAAAUUCUACAUAAUUUUCCAUUCACUUCAAAAUCCAAAAGGAUGGGAAUUAUAGUGCAAAUAAUGGAAAAAUCUAACAAGGACGGAGAUAUCUGGUUUUUUCAAAAGGGAGCUGAUGUGGUUAUGCAAAAAAUCGUUAUGGCUAGUGACUGGUUAGAUGAAGAAUGCAAUAACAUGGCUAGAGAAGGUUUAAGAACACUUGUUAUUGGAAGAAAAAAAUUAAGCAAAGAAUCAUAUGAUGUCUUUGUCAAAAAUUAUAAUCAGGCAGCAUUAAACUUGUUUGAUAGAGACAAAGCUAUUGCAGAAGUAAUUGCAAAAUUUUUAGAGUGUAACCUCGAACUUUUAGGUUUAACGGGCGUGGAAGAUAAAUUGCAAAAAGAUGUUAAACCAUCUUUAGAACUCUUAAGAAACGCAGGAAUAAAAAUCUGGAUGCUUACAGGAGAUAAAGCAGAAACUGCAAAAUGUGUUGCAGUUAAUUCUAAAUUUAUAUCGCGAGGACAAUAUAUUCAUAUAAUAACAAAAGCAAAAUCUAAAGAAUAUAUUAUAGAACAACUGGAGUUUCUAAAAAACAAACAAGAUUCAUGCCUUCUUAUAGACGGAGAGUCUCUUCAGCUAUAUAUGGAUUUUUGCAAAAUAGAAUUUAUAUCUACAGCAACCAAAUUACCAUCAGUGAUAGCUUGCCGUUGCACACCUACACAAAAAGCAGAAAUUGUUAAGCUUAUCCAAAAUUAUACGUUUCGUAAAGUAUGUUGUAUAGGUGAUGGAGGAAAUGAUGUUAGUAUGAUUCAAGCUGCAGAUGUAGGAAUAGGGAUUGUAGGAAAAGAAGGCCAUCAAGCUAGUUUAGCAGCGGAUUUUUCUGUUACACAAUUCUAUCAUUUAACUAAAUUACUAGUUUGGCAUGGACGUAAUAGCUAUAAACGUUCAGUGAAAUUGACUCGUUUUGUAAUUCAUCGCGGACUUCUAAUUAGCGUAUGCCAGGUAUACUAUUCAAUUGUAUCUGGAUUUACUCCUAUUGUUCUUUUUAAGGGCUGGCUAAUGGUUGGAUACGCAACUAUUUAUACGAUGGCACCAGUAUUUAGUCUUGUUUUUGACCGUGAUGUUAAUGAAUAUUUAACAUUUUUAUAUCCAGAAUUAUAUAAAGAACUUACUAAAGGAAAAACACUUAAUUAUAAAACAUUUUUUAUAUGGGUUUUUAUUUCUGUAUAUCAAGGAAUUUCUAUUAUGUUAUUAUCAUAUAUUUUUAUCGGAUUGAAUAAAAUGAAAACACUAACAACAGUAACAUUUACCGCUUUAAUUUUAAAUGAACUGAUCAUGGUAAUUAUAGAAAUGUGUACAUGGCAUAAAAUUAUGAUUUUAGCAGAAAUAGCUACUUUAAUUAUUUAUAUUGUAUCUAUUCCAUUUCUUAAUGAUUAUUUUGAUUUAAAUUAUAUAAAAACUAUUGAUUUUUUCUGGAAAACAAUAGUAAUUACAUCAGUCUCACUAAUACCACCUUGGAUAGCAAAGACUCUAAAAAGGAAAAUUAAGCCUCCAAACUAUGCUAAAUUACAAGUAUAAAAUAUUGUGUAUAUAUCUAGAAUUAAGGAAAUAUAUUUCUAAUUUAUC